GAAUGGCUGCAAUCUAGCAGAUUCGAGAUGCUGAUGGCCACAGUGCUCUGUCUAAAUGUGCUGUGGAUGGCAAUGGAGCUGCAAGUGGAUGGCUCCAUAGCAGGUAUUGGCUUGGGAGUCGUGUCGCAGUCGGCUCUACCAGCUGACUGGAUAGCCGCGUACGAGCGCUUCUUUCU